AGACGUUUCGAUAUUACCGGAAUGCAUGACAAAUACGUCCAGCUUUAACACUGCGAUAAUAGCUGUUGUUGAGUCUGAGAUGUGUUUGCGCGGUGUCGAGCAGCCGUGCGCAUGAGAGGCCGCUGAGGAGAGCAGCAUGUCGGCGCAUUUUGAGGAGAGGAGCGGCGUGAUCCCGUGUAAAACCGCCUGGGGCUCGUGGUACCAGACCAUGGAGGAGGUGUUCGUCGAAGUCGAUGUUCCUCCGGGAACCUCAGCCAGAGAGAUCCGGUGUGACAUCGGGAUCAAACACAUCGAGCUGCGCGUGAAAGACCAGCAGAUCUUCAAGGGGAAGCUGUUUGGACCCACGGUCCGAGACGAAGCCACCUGGACGUUAGAGGACAGGAAGCUGAUCCGGAUCGUCCUGAUGAAGUCGAACCGGGAGGCCGGGAACUGCUGGCGGUCUCUGCUGGAGGGAGAGUUCACGGCCGAUCCCUGGAUCCAGGAUCAGAUGCAGAGGAAGCUGACGCUCGAGAGGUUUCAGAGAGAGAACCCUGGAUUCGACUUCAGCGGAGCAGAGAUCUCUGGAAACUUCCAGGGCGGUGGACCAGAUUUCUCCAGCUUGCAAAAAUAAGGCCUACUUUCGUUCCCGUUCUGGAUCUAGAUCGUCCGUUCCUCUGAACGCCUGGAGCUUCAGGAGCAGAGUCUGGCUAAUGCUGUAAAGCCAUAAUAAAUCACAAGCAGCCUUCGAGUCGGGUUUCAUUGACAAACGGCAACCUAUUUUUUUUUUUCCGUAAGUGGUUUCAGAAGACGUCUGUUCGGCUUCAUCCAUCCAAUUUCAAUAAAAGAGAGCGAUUAUUAAAACACCACAAACGAGAAAGUCUCUUACGUUCCAAUAAGGCUUUAUUGAAAAGGUACAACUACGUAACUUUUUGCAGAACGCUGCUCUCAAGAUUACAACCAAAACAGAGGAGGAGGUCUCAAAUUAAAUUCAAUCCACUCGCUUUUAUUUUUAAGAGCUCGAUUUAGACCAGGCAUGAACUAAACGCCAGUGACACGAGGCCAUGAAUCACAACCGAGCGUAAAAGGAGCUUCAUCCCGGUCGGCGGUUACUCUUUCGAUUAGAGGCACGUUUAAAACCUGCAUUUUCAUAAGCCAAAAAAAAAUAAUAAUAAAAUAA